UAUAAUACACAGCUUAAACUUUUCCUAAUACGCCGUAAUUCUUUACUCCUUUACCAACUACCAGGGAAGGUAACCUCACUUUAUUGACCGCGUAUUUUAAGUAAAAUAGUAAAACCAUGAGUCCAAAGAAUGUUGCGACAGCUAUUAUUGAUUUUUUAAAUCAAGCCACCACUACCAAUGCAGUUUCUGAUGAGGAAAAAGAAAGUUUAGAGGUUGCUGUUCAAUGUAUCAAAGACUCUUUUAAGAUUAAUCCAAGUGAGAUUGUUUCUGGAUCAGGAAAGCGAUUGAUAGAUGCUUAUGAUGCCUACGAAAAGCAGCAUCCCCUUGAAGCAACUUCUUCUGAUACUUCAAAUCUUAAAGACGAGGCAGAAAAAUUCAAAGCUCAAGGUAACGAAGCAAUUGCCAAGAAAGAGUACCAAGGUGCUGUCGAUCUUUAUACUAAAGCCAUCGAGCUCGAUCCUACUUCUCCCGUGUAUUACUCUAACCGUGCUGCCGCCUAUAGUCAAUUAGGUCAAUAUGAAUCUGCCGUUGAGGAUGCCUUGACUUCUUUAAGCAUUGAUCCUAAACAUUCUCGUGCCUAUGGUCGACUUGGUCGUGCCAAGCUUUCUCUUGGCGAUGCUGCUGCUGCUGCUGAUGCGUAUGCAAAGGGAUUAGAGUUGGAUCCUAGUAAUGAUGUUUUGAAACGCGGUUUGGAAGCUGCCAAGAAUCAAGUCAACUCAUCAUCUGACGUUGAAGCUCGAGGUUCUACUGCUGAACAGCCUCGUGACGCAGGAGCAGGAGGCAUGCCUGAUUUGAGUUCUUUAUUUUCUGGCGGUAUGCCUGAUUUGGGCUCCUUAAUGAGCAAUCCUGCUAUUAUGAACAUGGCUCAAAACAUGAUGCAAUCAGGAGCAUUAAACAACUUGAUGAGUGAUCCCAACAUUGCUAAUAUGGCUCGUAAUUUCCAAAAUGGCGGUGGUAUGCCUGAUUUGAGUUCCUUGGCCGGAAAUCCCCAAUUACAAAAUUUGGCACGCAAUUUUAGGAACAACCAGAACAACGGUGAUUCUGGAAAUAAUGCUCCAUAAGUUACCUAUCGAACAAUAAGCAUGUUUAACCCUUACUUUUGUUGAUUUUGAAUAUAUUCGUAUACUUGCUAUUAAACGAAAUUACCAUAAAAACUGAACAUUUAGUUUUAAAGGUUUUUAAAUUCAUAAAAAUUUACAAAAUAUAGAAGUAACCUUUUGAUGUAUAUU